GAAAAAACACAAAAGAGGAAAUGGAAGCUUAUGGCUCACUGGUCUUGGUGUUGGGCUUCAUAGUGCUAGUGAGCCUGCAUGUUGAUGUAGCAGAUGCCUUUGCAAGUAAUGUCUCCAUUCCUCUUGGUCGGAGUACUUUCCCAGAAGGUUUCAUUUUCGGGACAGCAUCUGCUGCUUACCAGUAUGAAGGUGCAGCAUUUGUCGAUGGUAAAGGCCCAAGUAUUUGGGACCUUUUCACUCACAAAUAUCCAGGUAAAAUACCCGAUCGCAGCAAUGGAGAUGUGGCUGUUGAUUCUUAUCACCGUUAUAAGGAAGACGUGAGUUUAUUGAAGCAAAUGGGACUGAAUGCCUUUAGAUUCUCCAUUUCCUGGCCCAGAUUAUUACCUAUUUUACUCUCAGAGGGAAAGCUAAGUGGAGGUGUGAACAAAGACGGUAUCAGAUAUUAUAACAACCUAAUCAAUGAGCUUCUAUCUAAUGGCAUCCGCCCCUUCGUGACUAUAUAUCACUGGGAUUGUCCCCUAGCACUUGACAAGGAAUAUGGUGGAUUCUUAAGUCCUCAAGUCAUAAAAGACUAUCGGGACUUUGCGGAUCUUUGCUUUAGAGAAUUUGGUGACCGUGUGAAGCAUUGGAUUACCUUUAAUGAACCAUAUAUCUAUAGUACUUUUGGAUAUGCCACAGGCAGUUUGGCUCCUGGUAGAUGCUCUAAAUGGGUGAGUACAGAUUGUAUUCCUGGUAACUCUAGGACUGAGCCCUAUAAGGUGGCUCACAACCUGCUUCUCUCUCAUGCUGCUACAGUAAAGUUGUACAAGAGAAAGUAUCAGAUAUCUCAAAAGGGAAAGAUAGGAAUCACGCUGGACUCAAGCUGGAUUGUACCCAUCUCCAGAAGCAAAUCCAACAUUGCUGCAGCCCAUCGAGCUCUUGAUUUCAAUCUUGGAUGGUUCAUGAACCCAUUGACCUAUGGUGAUUAUCCAGAUAGCAUGAGAGCUCUUGUUGGUGAUCGGCUACCAAAGUUCUCAAAGAAGCAGUCUCGCAUGAUGAAAGGGUCAUUGGACUUCGUUGGAUUAAACUACUAUACCGCAAAAUAUGCAGCUGAUGAUGUUCACUUGAGGAGCUCUGGUAAUAUAAGCUCCACAACUGAUUCUCGUGUUAGCCUCACAGUUUCAAGGAAUGGAACACCCAUUGGUGCAGCGAGUGGUUCAGCUGCAUUCUAUGUGUAUCCGAAGGGAAUUCGAGAUCUUCUGAUCUACACAAAGAAAAAUUACAGAAAUCCUGUUAUUUUCAUUACUGAAAAUGGGUAUUGUGAGUUGAACAACUCUAGUCUAUCCAUGGAAGAAGCUCUGAAGGAUGAUAAGAGAGUAGACUUUUACCGUCGCCACCUUUGGUAUCUUAGAAAAGCUAUCGAGAAUGGUGUGGAUGUGAGGGGAUUUUUUGGAUGGUCAUUCUUGGACAACUUCGAAUGGAACAGCGGCUACACAAUCAGAUUCGGCGUUAACUACGUAGAUUUCAAAGACGGACUGAAGAGAUAUCCAAAGCACUCAGCCAUUUGGUUCAAGAAUUUCCUCAAGAACUAAAUCGGUUUUUAACUAGUCAAUAUUAUCCCCUCCACCUAAUUGAUUAAUGGUUGGAUGGGAUGUUGUGUUUUGAAGGUUAAUUUCUUCAAAAUUUUCAGUUAUCAUAUUUUCAAAUAAGCUAUGUCUUUUUCA